AUGUUUCGUUUCAAGGAGGCGGAUGCUGUCGCCAAGUGGCACUGCCAAGCACCUAAGGUAUCUCGUUCCUAUGUCGGAGAAUUUCGGUACAUUUGUUACGUUCUUUGUAGAUUCGCCAUCUUUGAUGGACAUGGUAUUUUGGCCAAAAGUCUAUCCAAGUUACGUAGAGUAAAGAUCCUCAGCGACGCGGUGAUCAUUGAUCCCAUUUGGACAGCGUCGGAACGUGGCGGUUACCGGGUGUGGUUUGAUGGCCGUGAUGGCAUAAGUCGAAACGGUUUGUAUGUGGAAGUGAUUGACGGUAAGCUGACUGGCCGAGUGAAAUGUGACGAGAUGUGA